AUGGCUCUUGCAAACAGCUCUUUUGUGACUGAAUUCCUUCUGGUGGGCUUAACAGACCAGUCUGAUUUCCAAAUUCCCUUGUUCUUCCUGUUUCUGGUAAUGUAUAUAGUCACUGAAGUGGGAAAUUUAGGUUUGAUCAUUCUAAUUGUGCUGAAUUCACAUCUUCACACCCCCAUGUACUUUUUCCUUUUUAACUUGUCCUUAAUAGACCUCUGUUAUUCUUCUGUGAUUAUACCCAAAAUGCUGGGGAAUUUUGUAUUAAGCAAGAAUAUUAUCUCUUACAUGGGAUGUAUGACUCAGCUAUACUUUUUGUUUUUUGUCAUUUCUGAAUGCUAUAUGCUAACGGUAAUGGCCUAUGACCGCUAUGUAGCCAUCUGUAAUCCACUUUUAUAUAACACUGCUAUGUCCCCUAAAGUGUGCUUCUACCUUAUAUUUGGUUCCUAUUUUAUGGGUUUUUCUGAUGCCAUGAUCCAUACUGGAUGCAUCCUGAGACUGACCUUCUGUGAUGGAAAUACCGUCAACCACUAUUUCUGUGAUAUGCUUCCUUUGCUCCAGCUCUCAUGCACUAGCACCUAUGUCAAUGAGAUAGAGAUUUUCAUAGUAGGGGGGAAAGACAUCUUUGUACCCACUCUCAUCAUCUUUUUCUCUUAUGUUUUCAUCCUUUCUAGCAUCCUCAAAAUAAGAUCCACUGAAGGCAGAUCCAAAGCCUUCAGUACCUGCACUUCCCACAUAAUUGCUGUUUUCCUGUUCUUUGGAUCAGGUGCAUUUAUGUAUCUCAAACCAUCCUCAGCUGGCUCCAUGGAUGAGGGAAAAAUCUCAUCUGUCUUUUAUACCAUUGUAGUUCCUGGAAUGAAUCCUUUAAUUUAUAGCUUAAGGAACAAAGAUGUUAAAGUUGCUGUGAGAAAAACCCUGAGCAGGAGAAGAUUUUGA